AUGGGACAUUAUAUAACAUUGGCUACGUGUAACCUUAACCAGUGGGCAUUAGACUUUGAAGGUAAUAGAGAUCGUAUUAUUGCCAGUGUCAUUGAAGCCAAAAAAUUAGGUGCUAAACUCAGAGUUGGACCUGAAUUGGAAAUUUGUGGAUAUGGAUGUUUAGACCAUUUCUUAGAAAAUGAUUUAUAUGAUCAUUCAUGGGAAAUGUAUGGUCAAAUAUUGACCAACCCAAACACUCAGGAUAUUUUGCUUGAUAUUGGUAUGCCAAUUAUACACAAAUCGAUCAAGUAUAAUUGUCGUUUACUCUCAUACAAUGGGAAGAUAUUAUUAAUUAGACCAAAGCUUUACUUGGCGAACGACGGUAAUUAUAGAGAAAUGAGAUAUUUUACUCCUUGGAAUAGGCCUAGAUACCAUGAAUCAUUCCAAUUACCUAAAAGCAUUGCUAGUGUUACGGGACAAGCUAACGUGAUUUUCGGGGAUUGUGUUAUACAAACGUUGGAAACCACUUUAGGAGCUGAAACUUGUGAAGAGUUGUUCACUCCCCAAUCUCCUCAUAUUGCUAUGGCGUUAGAUGGGGUUGAAAUCUUCACCAACUCAUCAGGAUCACAUCAUGAAUUGAGAAAGUUGGAUACUAGAUUGCAAUUGAUCACAGGGGCUACUAAAAAAUGUGGUGGUGUUUACUUGUAUGCUAACCAAAAGGGCUGUGAUGGUGAUAGAUUAUACUACGAUGGUUGUGCUUGUAUCAUUGUCAAUGGUAAGGUAGUAGCUCAAGCAUCCCAGUUUUCCCUUAGUGACGUUGAGGUUGUUUCUGCCACGAUCGAUCUAGAUGAUGUUAGAUCUUACCGUAAUCAAAAGCUGGCUGCAUACCAAUCUGUUUCUCUGACGGAAUCAACUGCUUACCAUCAUGUUCCUACUGACAUCGAAUUAUCCCCAAAUAGUAAUGUUUUCAAUCCAAAUGUAAAGCCUUCUCCUUACAUCGAUAUCAGAUACCACUUACCGGAAGAAGAAAUUGCAUUAGGACCUGCUUGCUGGUUGUGGGAUUACUUGAGAAGAUCCAAAUGUGCCGGAUAUUUCUUGCCUUUGAGUGGAGGUAUUGAUUCUUGUGCUACUGCGGUUAUUGUUCAUCUGAUGUGUAGAUUAGUGGUUAGUGCUUGUCAUAACGGCGACAAGCAGGUUAUUUCUGAUAUUCAGUCUUUAACUCACGAUCCAGAAUUUGUCCCUGAAACACCGCAAGAGGUUGCUAGUAAGUUAUUUUAUACCAGUUUCAUGGGUACUGAAAAUUCUUCGAAAGAAACUAGAUCGAGAGCCAAGGAACUCUCCGAAAAACUUGGUUCUCAUCAUAUAGAUAUGAACAUGGACUCUUUAGUGAGCGCUGUUGUGUCCGUUUUUGAAGUCGCAACUGGUAAAAAGCCUAUAUUUAAGAUAUUUGGAGGUUCACAGACGGAGAAUUUAGCUUUACAAAAUAUUCAAGCUAGGUUACGUAUGGUCUUGAGUUAUCUUUUUGCCCAAUUAUUGCCAUGGACUAGAAACAUUCCAGGUGGUUUGUUGGUUUUAGGAAGUGCCAAUGUUGACGAGUGUAUAAGAGGCUACUUGACUAAAUAUGAUUGCUCCAGUGCAGAUAUAAACCCAAUUGGUGGAAUCUCUAAGACAGAUUUGAAGAAAUUUAUAGAUUGGGCUGAUAAGAAUUUCGAAUUGCCUAUAUUACAUGACUUCUUAACUGCAACCCCAACAGCAGAAUUAGAACCAAUAACCCAUAACUAUGUACAAAGUGAUGAGGUUGACAUGGGAAUGACUUAUGAUGAAUUGUCCAGAUUUGGUAGAUUGCGUAAGGUCGAUAAAUGUGGUCCUAUGGCCAUGUUUAUUAAGUUGUAUCAUGAGUGGUCUCAGCCUCCGCUUAAUUUGACUGCUGAACAGGUCGCAGAAAAGGUUAAGAAAUUUUGGUUUUUCUAUGCCAUUAACAGACAUAAAAUGACUACGAUGACUCCUUCCUAUCAUGCGGAGCAAUAUUCUCCUGAUGAUAAUAGAUUCGAUUUAAGACCAUUUUUAAUUAAUCCUAGAUUUCCAUGGUCGAGUAAGAAAAUUGAUGAAGCAGUCAAUAUUAUCAACCAAAGGUCUGAGGAAAUUAAGAAAGCCAACUUAAGUGUUGAUUAA